AUGGCUGCACUUUCGGCGUCACCCCGAGCUCAUAACUUCUCACCGAUACUCUCACUAACAGGAUUAUCGCGCUCCCUACUAUUCUAUGUUUUCAUCUUAAUUGCUAUUCACGGAACCUCAUCUUCACAGCAACGAAUCACCUCCCAACAUGAUACUUGCAUGACACACGACUCUCCAAACCAACAUGCUCAGCAACACCCGGAGCUUGUGAGCGGAAAUCUCAACGGAACCACAUUAAUUGUACCCAUUUCCUUGAAAACUGCUCGCCAGCUCAUCCCCAAGGAAUACGGUAUUGCCGAAGCUGCGUACCGAAAACUACUACCUUCAUUUCCCAAGGACAUGUAUCCCAUGAUGGCACAAAUCGUCCACGACCACGACGUACAACUACCCGUAUACAACGCCUCAAUACCAGACUUUUCACGCGCCUCCCUAGAAUUCCCCUUCGUCGACAUAUUCGGCGACGGCCGGUCUUCCUUCCGGUGGGCUAGCACCUUCCUCAUCUCCUCCAGCAACUCGCUCGCCAUCCAGGGCGCCGAGGGGUACGGCGUGACAGUGCACCCAUCGACCUUCGACCCGCCAUGCGACGCAUACACCGCGCUGUCCGACGGCACGACAUACACGCACAGCCAAGCCCCCGGAUCCAGCAAGUUUAUGACCAUCCUCGCAAAGCCCUCCCGCAACCACGUGCCCUACCCGCUUUCUUUCAUCAAGGCCGUAACGAACCAACCCGUGUUCGCGGAUCCGCAAUUGUGCGAUUACUUCGUUAGAAUGUAUGACACAACGUUGUCGAGCGCCGCGACGCCUGUUGUGGCUGAUGUGGACGUCGAUUUGGACCCGUUUCGUGGCCCGAGGAGUUGGCAUGGCGUUUAUGGCUGGAGGAUGGCGACGGCGUUCUUGGAGCCUGUUUUGCCGGAGGUUUGUGUGAGGGCGGGGUGA